AUGGCCGGCCGUCCACUACCGCACCGCUCCACCCGUUCCUCCCAUUCUAGCCGUUGCAACCAUUCGAGCCCGUCACAUGGGUGCUGCAGCCGUUACCACAGCGCCUGCAGCCAUGAUUGCAGCUGUGCCGAUUGCCGGCCGUUUGAUUGCCAGCCGCCGGGUGAUUGCCGUCAUCAGGACGGCAGCGUGGCAGCGAUGGCGGCCGCGGUGCGGCAGGGCCGGCUGUCGCGGCAAUCCCUAGAGCGGCACUAUCGGAGCAAGUGCGUGCAGCUGAACCCGGAGAUUAACGCCGUCUGCCACCUCGCGCGCGCGACUCCAACUCCACCACGGCUGCUACCUGCGACACCUGUAGUAGCUCUAGUAGGAGUAAACUCAGAAACACCUCCAGGAACAGGGGCGUCAGGGACGUCAGCUGCUGACAGUGGUGGUUCUGCUGCUGCUGCUGCUGCUUCUGCUGCUGAGAGGCCUCUUGAGGGUGUACCCUUCCUCGUCAAAGGUACCCAUUCUGCGCAUCCCUUAUCCCUUACUAUGGCGUCUCAACCCUUCUCGUCCGUUUUCUGCUGCUCCUUCGUACCCACCUCCUCUCACCUAUUUCCGGCCCCCCCCACCAGACCUGGUGCACGUGGAAGGCCUCCCCACAGCGUGUGGCGACGAGCGUCUAGCGGCCCAGCCAGCUCCUCACACCUCUGCCUCCGCCGUCUCUCUCCUGCAUUCACUGGGCGCCGUGCCCCUCGGCAAGACAAUCGUGCCGCAUGCGCGCGCGUGGACCAAGGCGCGCGCGUGGACCAAGGCGCGCGCGUGGACCAAGGCGCGCGCGUGGACCAUGGCGCGCGCGUGGACCAAGGCGCGCGCGUGGACCAAGGCGCGCGCGUGGACCAAGGCGCGCGCGUGGACCAAGGCGCGCGCGUGGACCAUGGCGCGCGCGUGGACCAAGGCGCGCGCGUGGACCAAGGCGCGCGCGUGGACCAAGGCGCGCGCGUGGAUCAAGGCGCGCGCGUGGACCGAGGCGCGCGCGUGGACCGAGGCGCGCGCGUGGACCGAGGCGCGCGCGUGGACCGAGGCGCGCGCGUGGACCGAGGCGCGCGCGUGGACCGAGGCGCGCGCGUGGACCGAGGCGCGCGCGUGGACCAAGGCGCGCGCGUGGACCAAGGCGCGCGCGUGGACCAAGGCGCGCGCGUGGACCAAGGCGCGCGCGUGGACCAAGGCGCGCGCGUGGACCAAGGCGCGCGCGUGGACCAAGGCGCGCGCGUGGACCAUGGCGCGCGCGUGGACCAAGGCGCGCGCGUGGACCAUGGCGCGCGCGUGGACCAUGGCGCGCGCGUGGACCAAGGCGCGCGCGUGGACCAAGGCGCGCGCGUGGACCAAGGCGCGCGCGUGGACCAAGGCGCGCGCGUGGACCAUGGCGCGCGCGUGGACCAUGGCGCGCAAGGCGCGCGCGUGGACCAAGGCGCGCGCGUGGACCAAGGCGCGCGCGUGGACCAAGGCGCGCGCGUGGACCAAGGCGCGCGCGUGGACCAAGGCGCGCGCGUGGACCAAGGCGCGCGCGUGGACCAAGGCGGCGCGCGCGUGGACCAAGGCGGCGCGCGCGUGGACCAAGGCGGCGCGCGCGUGGACCAAGGCGGCGCGCGCGUCGACCAAGGCGCGCGCAGGGACCAAGGCGCGCGCGUGGACCAAGGCGCGCGCGUGGACCAAGGCGCGCGCGUGGACCAUGGCGCGCGCGUGGACCAAGGCGCGCGCGUGGACCAAGGCGCGCGCGUGGACCAAGGCGCGCGCGUGGACCAAGGCGCGCGCGUGGACCAAGGCGCGCGCGUGGACCAAGGCGCGCGCGUGGACCAAGGCGCGCGCGUGGACCAAGGCGGCGCGCGCGUGGACCAAGGCGGCGCGCGCGUGGACCAAGGCGGCGCGCGCGUGGACCAAGGCGCGCGCGUGGACCAAGGCGCGCGCGUGGACCAUGGCGCGCGCGUGGACCAAGGCGCGCGCGUGGACCAAGGCGCGCGCGUGGACCAAGGCGCGCGCGUGGACCAAGGCGCGCGCGUGGACCAUGGCGCGCGCGUGGACCAUGGCGCGCGCGUGGACCAAGGCGCGCGCGUGGACCAAGGCGCGCGCGUGGACCAAGGCGCGCGCGUGGACCAAGGCACGCGCGUGGACCAAGGCGCGCGCGUGGACCAAGGCGCGCGCGUGGACCAAGGCGCGCGCGUGGACCAAGGCGCGCGCGUGGACCAAGGCGCGCGCGUGGACCAUGGCGCGCGCGUGGACCAAGGCGCGCGCGUGGACCAAGGCGCGCGCCUAUCCAUGGACUUUCAGACGUUCAACAGCCUGUUCGGCGUCACCAGCAACCCUAUCAACCAAUCACUCACACCCGGGGGAAGCUCAGGAGGGUCAGCAGCGGCGGUGGCAGCAGGCAUGGUGCCCUUUGCUCUCGGCACUGACCUCGAGGGCUCCCUUCGGCUGCCUGCGGCCUUCUGUGGCGUCUGUUCCCUGCGCCCCUCGCGAGACCGCUGGCCAGUGCUUGCCGCUGACGUGCCUCUCCCAUCGCUCGCCCUCCUCUCCUCUCUGCACACGUACGGCGUCUUCACUAGCACCAUGCGGGAUCUCCUCUUCAUCAUGACAGCUGUCUUCUCCCGCCUUCCCCCCACCCUGCACCCUUCUCUCCCUCCUCAACCACCACAAUUCUCCCCUCCUCCUCCUCCCCAUCCUCUUCCGUUCGCACGCCCCCACUCUCCCCCUCUGCGUGUGGCUGUGUCCCCGCAUCUCCCCGGCUCCCCUAUUGACGCCCGUAUUUCACUCCUCUUCCGAGCCCUUGCCGCAAAUUCCGUUCCUGCUAAAGCCAGCGGCGCUGCUACUGCCGGCGCUGCUGCUGCGGCUUGCUCGGAUGCUGCAAGUGCCUCUGGUGGUAGUAGUGCGUGCAGAGAGCAGCAACACCAGCAGCACCCGCUACAGCAGCAUGAGAACGGGCAGCAAGUGGAGUUUGUGUUGAUGGAGGCUCCGAGGCUGGACUUCAGAGCUCUGGACAAGGCAUCCAAGGUGGGCCAUGGGCUGGUCAUGUGCACUUUUUAG